AGUAGCAGAAACAGGUGUCUGUUCAGUCUGACUUCCACCACGGUGAGCGCACCUUUAAGCUCUUCUCAGUUGCGCUUUUCUACUGAUCGGAAUCGGAUUCAUCUCUUCAUAAGCUCUGAUAGGAUUCAUCUCUGCUUGUAUCAGUUAAAGAUUAGGAAACUGGAGAUGUUAGGAGGAGUUUUGUGUUUCAUGGCUUUGUGAUUUUAUAGAUUUCGUGAGAUUUUCACUUAAAGAAGAGUUUUCAAAAGUAGCUUAGAUGUUGUCACGCCGGUAAUCAUGGAUGAAACUACUGAAUGUGUACGGAUUCACGAUACAGAUGCAAAAUGUAACUUUUACUUGAACACCCAGUCUUGCCAUGGUUCAGAUGGAAAAUUGGAUUAUAUGUUCUUUAUUUUUUGUCAUCUGCAACCAGAAAGUGCAUGGGGAGGAAUCGCUUUGUGUGUAAUUUGGCUUCUUCUGCUCUUCAUAGGAUUAGGAGUGACAGCUGAUGAUUUCUUGUGUCCGUCCCUUGUUGUUAUUACAAAGACAUUGCAUCUCUCUCAGAAUAUAGCUGGCGUAACUUUCUUAGCUUUUGGAAAUGGCGCACCAGAUAUUUUCUCAUCUGUUGCCGGUACAGAACAAGGUCGUCCUGAGCUUGUCAUCGGUACUCUUUUCGGUGCCGGUAUAUUCGUCACAUCUGUCGUUGCUGGAUCAAUCAUUGCUAGUAAACCGUUCAAAAUAAUGGAAAGGCCAUUUUUAAGAGAUAUAAUAUUUUAUGUGUGUGCUGCUUUUUGGACAUUUUUAAGGUUUUACUACGGAGAGGUCACACUCUUGCACUCGAUAGGUUUCAUCGCCCUUUACAUUUUGUACAUACUGGUCGUCAUCAUCAGUCGCAUUAUUUAUAACAGAUACAAAAACAAAUCACCUAAAGUUCCUGAUAUAGAAAUACAGCCUCCAUCAGACACGGAAGAGCCUAAAAAAACUUCUGUUACUCUGCAACCAAGUGGUGAAGAGGAUAACCCCGAAGCGGCAGGUGUCGUUUUGAGAAGUGCUACUGAGGCUCUAGCUUAUGCUAUAAACGUGAUGAACGUAAAAGAUGGAGCAAUUCAUGGUGAAAGUGAUAGAUUCAGCUUCCGAGGCAGCAUAUCUGUAUCUAACACCAAAAAACGCCAUUCAUCUGUCCAUUCACAUCAUGAACACGUCAUCAAAGCAAUUACGCAAUCCAUUCAGUCACAUUCAAAUCCAGCGUUCACAAAUGGUUAUCCUCCACCUUUAGACACUCAGAUUUCCAAAACUAGUCUUUCUAGCCUGUUGUCUUCGACUGGUGAGCAGACACUCCUACGAGAAUUCCUGAUGCACGUUUUCCCUAUCGAUUUGGAAAGUUGGCAAGAAAGGAAGUGGCUUUCCAAAAUAUUUGAACUUAUAAAGGCUCCCAUCUGCUGCCUACUUAUUCUUACUGUGCCGGUCGUCGACUAUGAAAAUGACAAAAAUAACUGGUGCAGACCUUUGAACAUAAUACAUAUUUAUACAGCUCCAAUGUUUGUCAUAUUCGCUCUUGACAAAUAUGAUGUCACACUUGAGGGUUUUCCAAUUUGGGCUAUUCUGUUAAUUGUGUCAACUGGUGUCGCAAUUGCAGUUUUCUGCUCCUCUAAUAAUUCUGAGCCUCCUAUUUAUCACUGUCUCUACGGCUACUUUGGAUUUGCAACUUCUGUCAUAUGGGUGUACUUAAUAGCUUCAGAAAUAGUCUCACUACUUCAGACUAUUGGAGUUGUCUUCAAAUUGAGCGAUACUAUCCUUGGUCUUACCGUUCUAGCUUGGGGUAACAGUAUAGGAGAUUUUAUAUCAAAUCUCUCAGUUGCUCGUCAAGGUUAUCCUAGAAUGGGAAUAUCAGCAUGUUAUGGAGGACCUCUUCUAAACUUACUUCUAGGGAUAGGUAUACCAUAUACUGUUAUUAUAGCUAAAAAUGGGCGACCACUAAAACUAAAAUACGAAAAAUUGGUAACUUUACUAUACAGUACCUUGACCGUCAUCUUACUGUUCACUAUAGUGACAAUGACAUUCUUGCGGUUCCAGGCAAAAAGGCCUUUUGGAAUCAUCUUGAUCUGUAUGUACCUCGUCUUCCUCACAACUGCCAUUAUAUUAGAGACAGGGGUCAUAUAAAGACUUAUAAUGGGUGUAAAUAAUGUAUUAUAUGUAUAUACAUAGAAUCAGCGUUAUUUGACUUCCUGAAGUUAUUGACUUAUUGCUAUUGAACAAAAUGAUGAAAAUCUUACGAACAACUAUAAUCUUGUCAACCAAACUCUUCAAAGACAAACUGCUUAUUUUUGUGUUAAUAAUGUCUAUAUAAUUAGUUAGACAAUGAUGACAAGUGAAAUAUUUUCCGUUAGGCAACUAAGUGAAGUGCAAUUUAGUUAUAUUAAUGUCAGCUUUUAAAGCAGCCUGAAGCCAAUUUUGGAUUCAACUUCAUAAUUUUGAGCAUUGAUCAAAUAACGGUCGCUACUUUCUCUUCAAACUUCCGUGCCACACAAGGAUGAAAAAUUUUCCUCCUCGAUGUCUGAUUUAACUUUCGCCAAGUUCCCAGACAAGGUGUAUCAUUGGUGGAAUGGGGUUUCGAUCUUGGAGCUUUUCAUUGCCGAAGACGAGAUCUUAUUCUUAGACAACCGACACUUCUCGUCAAAGACAAGAAUCCUAUGGGUAUUACUCCCGACCUGCUGAAGCGCGUAGAAUAAUUUGAAUUACUGGCAUCGUGACAGAGCGGAGGCGAGAGUUAAGGUUCACUUCUAAUGACCACCAUUAGCUAAGGUAAUCUCUCCUGUAGGAGGUACAUCCUGUUAUGGAAGUGGAGGUAAUUUGAUCCCACAUUUUUAAUGUGCCCAACCUUGAAACUAUUGUCAACUAUCAUGCCUGAAGCUUCUUAUCUCUAUGUCUCAGAUCUCCACCUGUAGGACUCAAAGGUGCAAGACUUUAAUAAGUAUUUAUUAAGUAUUUUGAUACGAUGGAGAGCUCCAACAUUUUUAGAUAGAGAAUUUUUUUUUUUCUUAUUGAAGUCACAAUGAUAUUAUUUUUCAACUCUUAAAAAGUUUGCAGCGAUAAAUUCUUUUUCUUAACAGCUCAUCAAUGAACCUUAUAACAACCGGUAUUAUAUUCAUGAAGUUUUUUUUACGAAAACUUGCGUUAUAUUCAAUAUACUUACUAUGUCAUCUAUGGAAUAUUUUUAUUUCUUAUGAAAGAAAAUCCAUGAUUCCACCAAUAUAGUAGUACAUAAUUUUUAGAAUUCCUUUUUGUUUAUUUAAUUUUUCAAUUUCUAUGUAUGGAUUUUUUUUUCGUUUAGAUUUUAUUUAUAGCUGAAAGCUAUCAUAUUUGGUUUUAAGAACAAAUCAAUUAACAUCUUUAAAAAGGGUCUUGGUUGGUAAAAAUGGAACUUGCAAAAUGAAACACACAACUGUUGUAAAUUAGAAAUAUUUUUUUCUACCAAACACCAUUUACAUAAAUUAUGUAAUUACAAUUUUCUACAAAUUCUCAUUAUUUCUAGUUUUAUAAGUUUAUAUGACGCAAAACCAAUAACCAUAUAUCUCGGAAAAACCGACUUAAGCUCUUUUCAAAGCCACUGAUUAAAAAGCUGCUGUUUUUCAUUACAUCUACUCUGAUUACGUAUUUGCAAUUAUAUAUGUCACUCCAUUUGUGUAUAUAAGAAUUCACUUUCUUUGAAUGUUCAUCACAAAGUUAUUAUUGUAUUCUUAUUUUACUUUAACUGUUUAUAAAUGAUAUUCAUUUAUUUGUUUUUAUAAUAUUUACAGAAAUUCAGAAAUAAUGGCUUUUGAAGUAACGAUUUUGAGUUUACAUUAAACUACUCUGUUGAGUUACUUCAGCAUAUAUAAACUAUUAUUACACCAUAGUUGUAAAAGUGAUUCAUAUAAAAUAAAUUUAAACAUUAAGAAACAAAGUGCUUCAUCUCUUAUUAUAUAUAACUAAGAAUGCAUCAAAGGUAUUAAAUACGAUUUUCUUUCUUUAUGUUAUGGAUUUCAAUCCUCAAUAUACAAAGGCAUUUUAUAGUAUAAGAAGCAUCUUUUAGCUAAAUUUUAACUCAUAUCUUUAUUAUUUAAAUUUCACACACACACAUUCUAUAUAUAUAGUUUGGAAAUAUGUGUAAAAUAUAAAUAAGACAUAAAUCUUAUUUCCAAAUACAAGGCACUGCUACAGAUAUCUUAUAUUCCAUAUCAAAAGAAAAAAUAUCAAUAGAAAUAUAGAUCGAAUAAAAAUGAAAUGAUUACCUAUUAAUUUCAAAUAUUUUAUUUUGUACGCAAUAGACUCGAUUUCUGAAAAAAAAAAAAAAAAAAUCCUAAAUAUCGCUGUUAAACAUUAUUCAAUACAAAAUCCAUUUUGGAACUUUUAACGAUUUUGGGUUUUUCCCCCUAGAGUUUAGUUAUUAGAAAUUAUCAAUUUAAAAUAUGCACUGUUAUUUAAAUGUUUUUUUUUCAUUUAAGUAUUUAAAAAAAAAUUAUUUUUUACACAUUUGAAUUUUUUUUAAUUCAUCACAUUUAAAAUAUUCCAUCUUUUAAGAAUGA